GAGAGACACACACAACAGCAGUCUACACAACACCCGUCUCCAGAGCAUCGCAAGCACCAGAUCACCACUUCCCUCACUCUCCUCAGUAGUAGUAGUUGGUAGUAGCCAUCUCCAGUUUGGAAUAAGCCUUUGAGGCAUUGUAUCAUCCAGUGGUGGAGGUAGGCAGAAGGUAGUCCUCUUUUUCUCUUUGUAAUCCCUUCGGGGUCUCCCGAAAGGGAAAUCCAUAUGUAAAUUAUAUUGUCGAAAUGAAGUAGUUUCUGGUUUUACUUGGUUUUUAUAUUAUGAAUUUAUGAAAUGAGUUCUUACGCUAGGGAUCCUAUAGGAGAAACAUCUGCGGGUAGUUCUCUAUUUAGCCGAUGUGUGGCGUUUGAAUGAGAACCAUGUGGCCGUAGAGAAGUGUUCCCUUCGGGUGGAACUGCCUGGGAAGACGGUAGGAAUUCAUCAAAUAAAUUUGUAAUAUAAACAUCAAGUGAAAGAACUUAGCUGCUUCUGAAGCAACAUAGUGAUGAAUACAGAGAGUACCGAGUAGGAUUAACACAACUGCUGCAUACCCGUAGGCUGUCUCGUUGGUUUCGCCAACCCGUAAAAGAUCCUGCAUAUUAAUUAAGAAUUGGUUAAUUAAAUAAUUUCACAAAAUUUAAAUUACGUAAGAAGUUAAUAAGUACUUUAUAUUUUAAUUUAAUAUAUUUGUGUGUUGGUAUCUCAGCCAGAGUUUUAAUCAUUGAAUGACUAAAGUAUUUGAAUUUAGAAAUUAGUACAGGUAGACUGAUCUCUACCAAAGAAAAUAUUAGCAUACGUGCAGAAUAAAUCCUUCCGAAGAACAUACGUGGCAUACUAGUCAUAGCCAACUAAAUUUAAUUGUCGACCUCAUUCAUAACUUUUAUAUAACUUGGGGGAAAAGGCAAGAUAAUUUAGACCAAAAAUUUGAAAGUCUGUUAAAAGAACACAAAAAGUUAGUAGAAAAAUACGCAGGCUUGAAUAAUAAAAUCGAUCUAGUUCUAUAGAAAUUAGAAGAAUCGAAAGGUAGAAACCUUAUAAUUUGUAAGAACAAUGACUAUAUUAAAGAAGAAGUUUUAUCCAUUGGUAAGAAUCAAAGUGGUGUCAUAAAUAAGAAUAAAGAUUCAUUAUCAGGUGCUAAAACAAGACGCGAUAUACUUGAAGUUAAAAGGUUAAUACAAGAAGUAAAGACUCUAGUCGUAUCAUAACUUGAAUGAGUGAAUAUUGCCAAGCAUUAAAAGAAGUAGAAAAUUAAUUAACACCUUCUGUCGGAUUUUCAUAUCACGAUUUGCCAAACGAAGAUUCCAGAAUAAUUAUAAGGCAGAAUAACACAAUUCUACAACUACUAGUCUAGAUUUUGGAAAAGCUAAAUACUAAACGAGGUAACAACGAGUUGAUAUUAUCUUCAUCCGGAAUAGUCUCAUCCUCUAAAAAUAUUAAUUCUGAAAAAUGGAACUAUCUAAAAGCGUCUCUAGAAGAGACAAGACAAUCCAGUUAAUAAGGCAAGAUUCUAGGCCGCUAACCAUGAUGAAUAGGAUAUCAUGCAGAAGUGACGACAUAGAUAAUUUAGAAGAGGUUAUAGACAUGGAACGCGAAUUAGAAAGAUAUCAGAGAGAUACGUUAAGAAAAAUAAGACCGCAACAUGUAUAUCACAUGGGCAUAUUUGAAAGUAAAAGCGGAUUAUACAGAAUAUCUAGAGAAGUAGAAUUAAGUGUGUUAGUGCAUCCGGUGGAUUUAAGAAUUGUUAGCAAAAAUAUUGAGAAUGAACUUACAUAUUCAGGUUACAAAUAUAUUCACCAAGGGAUGUAUAUUAUAGGAGUAAAAGAAAUGACAAGAUAGAAAUUAGGAACGAAGGUAUUAAUUACAUUACUUGACAAAAGAUGGGAGUCGGUAGACAAAGCAUCAUUAGGCUUUAUGGAAGGAGAUAUGAAUCAAAAUAGAUUAAUAACAUAUAUAGCUCCAGACUUAAUGAUGCCUGUAAUAGAAUUUAUUGAGAAAAUGAGCUUUGGGUUUCAAACCAGAGGAUAUGAAGAUUUUAAAGGAACAAAUUUGUUAGUAAGCAUUGAAUUCAUAGGAAGACUCACGAAUAAAAGAAGCUCUAGAUACAAAGUAAACGUAAAUGACGUAAUAGAGAGCAUGCAAUCUAAAGGCAUAAAAUUUAUGAGCCCUCUUAAAAUUGGUUCUGAAGAGAGAGCAGGAGAGGAAUGGAAUAUAAGCGAAUUAAUAGAAAAGAAAGAGUUGAGGCAGCCAGAAAAUUAUAUAAGCUACCAAAAUAGCGAAGGAAGUAGUAGCAUUAGAUUAUUGAACUAUAAAUCCGCAGCCGUAGACAAAAUAGAACCUCUUUUGUCAGAAGCAGAGAGUAGUGAUAGUAGGAAUAAAGGAGUAAAAGAAUGCAUGGAAAAGGUAGACUUAGAAGAUGAAUUAAAACAUUGGGAAGAAAAAUUAAAACGCAUAAACUGGGAAUAUAAUAAUUCAAUGACAUCAGAUUGGCCUAAAAUAAGAGAAAGAGAAUUAUUCUUUAUUAGAGAAAUUUCGAGAAUAAAAAUAUUAAUAAAGGAUAAAAAACCAGUCAUUAGUAACCCAGUGGUGCCAAAGAAUAACAUUAAACGCGGAGAAAAUACCGAUAUCAAGAAUAAAGCUGAAAGUCAUAAAGAGAAAGCCAUAAGUGAAGAAGAUCAAUGGGAUAUCAAUAAUAAGAUAUUAUUAGAAAGAUAUAAAGAAGAAGAAGAAGAACCAUGGAAUCAAUAUGAAGAUCAAAAUUAUAUUGAUUUCGAGCAAAAUGCUGAUUUUAUAAACUCGUUAGAUGACAAAAUUCUGCAUAAUUUAGAAAAUGUGAUGGAAGCCAUGGAAGUAGAUUUAGGUGGUCAUAAAAGAAGAAGAGGUUAUGGCGAGUCAUCUGUAAAGAGAGAAGGAGAAAGAGAGAGACCUACUCGAUCUUCUGGAAAAUGGCCUCCUGAAAAAGAUGAUUAUCAACCUACAUAUAUCCCUGGACAAUAUACAUUUAUGGGUUCUAAAAGAAGAGGUUUUGAAAAGGCAGUGCAGUUCCAAAACUCUAGGAAUGAUGGUGCAAUUCUGAAUUUAACAGCCCAUGACCCUAUAGAUUGGCCGAAUAUAAUUAGUGUGUGGAAAGGAUUAAUAGUCCAAAAAUAUAUACAAAAUCAAUAUAAUAUAGGGAAUAAGGUGGAAGAUAUGAUAACAUAUCUUGAAACAUUUUUGGGAGAAUCAGUAAAAAUAUUCUGGGAACAAUGGGUAGAGACAUAUCCAGACCAAUACGAAGAACUAAAAAGAGCUGGGAGUAAUCCUAAUAACUUUGCCAAUGUCAUAUCAAAUAUGGUCAUAGCAGAAGAUCCAGAAUUGGGUCAUACCACAUUGCAAAAUGAAAGGUUGAGAGAAAUAGAAAAAUUAACUUUAACAAGUUGGAAAGGUAUAAAGGAAUUUUCUCAGCAUUAUUUAUACAAUGCUACCACAGCUAAGCAAGGCUACAAUAAAGGUGUGGUUGAAAGGUAUUUUAAUAGGUUACCAUAUCCAUUAGGAUCAAUAAUAUUUGAAGAAUAUAAGAAAGAUACUGCAGGCAUAGUCAUAAAUAUAUCUCAAUUUAUAACGUUUGUGUUUAAACAUCUUAGAAAGGUAUGUACAAGUAUACAGGCCCAGAGGUCUAUGAAGAAAUCCGAUUAUAGUUUCUGCAAUAAAAUCGUCCAAAUACCACUAACAUAUGGCGAAGAAAGACACAGGAGUAAGAAAUAUUAUAAACCACAAAGAGAUAAUAGAAAUUUUAGAACAAAGAAAAGAUAUUUCUUACGAAGAUCGGAUAAUAGAGCCCCAUUCCUGCAUAAAAGAAAUGUUAGAAGAUAUAAUCCUAGAAAAUCAUAUGAUAAAACAUGUAGAUGUUUCAUAUGCAAUUCACCUGAUCAUUUAAGUAAAACUUGCCCUAAUAAAGAUCAGAAAAGGUACUCUAGUAAAUAUGAAGAGCAAGAGAGAGUAUUAAUUAUAGAUAGUGUUAAUGAGAAUAUACUAGUAUGUGAUGAUGAAGUAAAAGAUGAUGAGUCAAUAUACUCCAUCAUAGAAACAGAUGAAAUAGAAAAUGAAGAGCUAGAAGAAGAAUCUAGUGAAGAUGAAAUCGAUUUAAUAGAUGAUCUAUCAGGAUUAAAAAUAGAGAUGAUGAACCAGGUAGAUUGUGAACAUGAUUGGAUUAGGGGAAAAGGAGACUAUAAUAUAAAAUGUGCCUUUUGCAUAUAUUACCCCAGCCAAGAGAAUAGGUAUACAUGUAGUUUAUGUUUAAGACAAGCUUGUAACUCAGGCCUAAAAUCUACGAAUCAAAGGUGGAGACAAGAAAUAGAAUAUGAACCUGAAGAUAGAAUAUUAUCUAGCAGAGUUAGAAAUCUAGAAAAUAGACUAAAUAAGUUAGAGGCAGAACUAGAAGAUCUAAAAUCUAACUUAGAAAAUAAAGCAAAUACAGAAGAAGAGAACAUUAUAGUUGAAGGCACGGAAAUAGAAGAGCAAAUAAUAACAGAAAGAGAUCAAAUAAUAGAACCAAAUAAAUAGCAAGAUAGGUUCUACCAGAACAUGGAAGACAGCAUAACAGAGAAUAGAUAUAAAGUCAUACAUGAUCAUAUUAAAGGCAAAUAAAAUAAUUUACCAAACUUAUUUCUCUGAUCAUCAUUUCUACAGGAAUGAAGAGAAACACACUUGUAGGAGGAAGUGAAAGCUACAUAUCUGGAAAUAACACCAGAAUAAGGAUAUUACCGCCAAAUACAUUCAAUUUCAGACCAAAAGAUCAUAUCCAAGUUUAUGAUAUGGAAAUAUGCUUAUUGGAUAUUAAGGACAUAAUCAGAAGACAAGAAAAAGGUUGUAUGCAAUCUAAUAUCAAUAACCCUGCAGUAUAUUUUACACCAAGACCAACAUAUAUUAUGUUCGAUGGAAUAGCUAUGACAUUGGAAGAAAUACAAAUAAGGCGUGAUGAAAUCAAGUAUGCCGCAAAUUGGGCCAAGAUAAUGAAAGGAUGUUAUUUCGAGUAUCAAGAACUGAUAGAAAGAAUAUAAAUGAAGUAAAUUCUUCAAAAUAUAAAUCAUACACAGAAUGCCUUAUCAAAGGAGUUGAUCCUUUGGACAGAGAAUACAUAAAAUUGAAGAUAGUUGAAAAACUUAAAGAAGUUACAAAGACAAUGAAGGCAGAAUUGAAGGAAGAAAUUUUAAAAGAAUUACGAUCAAAAAUGAACCAAAAUUUUGAAGAGCUAAAGAAAGAAUAUGAUCAAAAAUACGAUUUCACCAUUUCUGAGACAGACCAUACAGACAUUGCCGGGCACGGGCAACCAAUUGAAUAAAGAGGGAAAACAAUAAUCAAAUAUACUCAAAUAUGAAUUGAUAUGAAUAUCAAUUAUUCGGGCACGGAGGACCUAUACCCGAAUAUUGAAAGAACUCGAAAUAUUGAUAAGGUGUUAUCAAUAAUAUGGGCGGGGUAGACCCGUACACAAAAAAAAUAACAAUAAUAAUGGUAGCAAGAAUAAUUAUUCAAGAAGCAGCCAUGCAACAUCCGUAUCAGGAAAGGUCUUCAUUCAAGACAGGUCCGUUCAUCCAAGUUGCAUGAAGACAAUAUUCAACCGUGCAUAGAUAACUCAUAGCACAGUGCAUACAAGAACAAGAGUUGCAAUGAAGACAAGAGCUUCAGUCUGGACAAAAUCAUCUGUCAAGACAAAGAUUCCAGUCAAGACAAAAGUUCCAGUCAAGACAAAAUUCGCGGUCAAGACAAAUAUUCCAGUCUGGACAAAAUUCACAGUCUGGACAAAGUUCUCAGUCUAGACAAAAAUAUCAGUCUAGCAUCGGAGUCAUGCAACGCUUGAUGUCGCAAACACUAAGGCACUUCAGCGGUGCAUAAGGCGUGUCAAGCUAUGAGAUACCCCGGCCUCCAGCUAUGACGCAGAAGAAUAAAAGAGGGGAGCAUCCAGCAUCCCUCGCGCACUAUAAAAGGAGGAGGACUAAGCGCGGAGAGACACACACAACAGCAGUCUACACAACACCAGUCUCCAGAGCAUCGCAAGCACCAGAUCACCACUUGCCUCACUCUCCUCAGUAGUAGUAGUUGGUAGUAGCCAUCUCCAGUUUGUAAUAAGCCUUUGAGGCAUUGUAUCAUCCAGUGGUGGAGGUCGGCAGAAGCCAUGCAACAUCCGUAUCAGGAAAGGUCUUCAUUCAAGACAAGACCGUUCAUCCAAGUUGCAUGAAGACAAUAUUCAACCGUGCAUGGAUAACUCAUAGCACGGUGCAUACAAGAACAAGAGUUGCAAUGAAGACAAGAGCUUCAGUCUGGACAAAAUCAUCUGUCAAGACAAAGAUUCCAGUCAAGACAAAAGUUCCAGUCAAGACAAAAUUCGCGGUCAAGACAAAUAUUCCAGUCUUGACAAAAUUCUCAGUCUAGACAAAGUUCUCAGUCUAGACAAAAAUAUCAGUCUAGCAUCGGAGUCACGCAAGGCUUGAUGUCGCAAACACUGAGGCACUUCAACGGUGCAUAAGGCGUGUCAAGCUACGAGAUACCCCGGCCUCCAGCUAUGACGCAGAAGAAUAAAAGAGGGGAGCAUCCAGCAUCCCUCGCGCACUAUAAAAGGAGGAGGACUGAGCGCGGAGAGACACACACAACAACAGUCUACACAACACCAGUCUCCAGAGCAUCGCAAGCACCAGAUCACCACUUCCCUCACUCUCCUCAGUAGUAGUAGUUGGUAGUAGCCAUCUCCAGUUUGUAAUAAGCCUUUGAGGCAUUGUAUCAUCCAGUGGUGGAGAUAGGCAGAAGGUAGUCCUCUUUUUCUCUUUGUAAUCCCUUCGGGGUCUCCCAAAAGGGAAAUUCGUAUGUAAAUUAUGUUGUCGAAAUGAAGUAGUUUCGGGUUUUA